AUUUGUAUUAUUCAUAUCGGAUGAUUAGCAAGAUGGCUAAAGGUUUUCGGUUCUUAAACUUAAUCAAGCCUAUUAUGCCCAUUCUCCCCGAGAUACGGACGCCAACAAGAAAGGUGCCAUUCAAGGAGAUGUUGAUGUGGACGGGUGUUUCUCUCUUUGUAUUCCUCGUGUGUUGUCAAAUUCCAAUCUAUGGAGCAGUGACAAACAAGUCUUCAGAUCCAUUUUAUUGGAUGAGAGUUAUUUUAGCUUCUAACAGAGGUACCCUUAUGGAAUUGGGUAUAUCGCCCAUUGUGACUUCGUCUAUGGUAAUGCAAUUAUUGGCUGGUUCGAAGAUAAUCGACGUUGAUCAGUCAUUAAAAGAAGAUAGAGAUCUAUAUCAGGCUGCAGAAAAAUUGUUUGGACUGUUAGUCACGCUCGGUGAGGCUGUGGCAUAUGUAGUGAGCGGUAUGUAUGGUCCAGUUUCUGAGAUUGGCAUUUUUAAGAGUACCGUAAUCAUCUUACAGCUAUUUAUGGCGGGUGUAAUUGUUAUAUUGUUUGAUGAAAUGUUGCAAAAGGGUUAUGGAUUAGGCUCGGGAAUAUCGCUUUUUAUUGCCACUAACAUAUGUGAGACCAUUCUGUGGAAGGCUUUUAGUCCAACUACGAUUAGUACAGAUAAGGGAACUGAAUUUGAAGGUGCUUUGAUAUCCCUAUUCUACUGUUUCUUCACUAAAGGUAACAAAUUGUCGGCCUUCAGGGAUGCAUUUUAUCGUUCACAUGCUCCAAAUGUGACGAACCUCCUUGCUACGGCUCUUAUUUUCACAAUAGUAAUAUACCUUCAAGGUUUUAGGGUCGAUCUUCCAAUAAAGUAUCAAAAUAUGAGGGGACAAAGAAGUACUUAUCCUAUAAAGUUGUUUUAUACCUCGAACAUUCCCAUUAUUCUGCAAACUGCACUCGUUUCGAAUUUGUAUUUCUUUUCUCAACUUAUAUAUAGGAGGUUUAAAAAUAAUCUCUUUGCUAAUAUUUUGGGACAAUGGCAAGAAACGGAGCAUGGAUCAUCAGUUCCCGUCGGAGGUAUCGCAUACUAUAUUUCCCCGCCGAUUAACUUUAAGGAAAUAAUAAACGAUCCCAUCCACACUUUAGUCUACAUUACUUUUGUUUUGGUAUCCUGUGCUGUUUUUUCUAAGACAUGGAUUGAGAUAUCUGGUUCAUCGGCCAAGGACGUUGCCAGGCAACUAAGAGAUCAAAGAAUCGGGAUGGUGGGUUACCGUGAUUCGCCGCCGUCUUUAACUAAGGUAUUCGGUAGAUAUAUUCCCACUGCAGCUGCAUUCGGUGGAAUGUGUAUCGGAGCUUUGACUAUUCUUGCGGAUUUUCUGGGGGCUCUAGGAAGUGGGACUGGUAUUUUACUUGCCGUAACCAUCAUUUAUCAGUACCAUGAGAUGAUGGCGAAAGAGCAAGAAAGAAGCGGUUCCCUAAUGUACACAUGAUAAAACCUAUAAUUUA